GGAGGUUGAGUCGGCAAACUCGCCCUUUAUGUACCAUGGAAAACCAGAUUGUCGGACCUGGAUAGUUCGUCGUUAAAAGGUCCCGCUGCAAUCCGUACUUCGGAUAGCGAAACAGAACGAAAGCUACUGCUCCAAGCACCCAACUACAUCAAGAACUGCAAGCCGUCUCACAAAAAUCAGGGCCCGCCGCCCGUGGCCGCCGAAGAGACACAAAGUGUUUGCGCUGAGUCCCUCUUGGCGCAAGAUGGAGGCGCCAAAUGACGAUUUGGCCUCCUGGCCUUCCUUGGAUAGCGACGUUUUCGACGGUUCAUUCGCCAAAUGGCCCACUUCUGAUUUUAGCAACGGCAGUUCUAGGGAGCCGCUACCUCUCGAACCGUCGACAGAUGGCUAUAUAUCAGCCCAAGAUCGUGGUCCAGACCCGAAUCUCAUUCUCAGAAACCUUGGGAUAGAUCUCUCCAUUUCGAGUCCCAUUGAGCUUAUUGAUAACUUCGAUUUACCCGAAACUCCAUCGGCAGGCUUAGCUGACGCCAGCUCCCCAGCGAUCCCGAAUCACAUGACGUGGAGCCCGUCUUCAGUCGAGUCUGGCUCCACGAACUCGCCUACGACGCCGGAAACGCUGGGUCUCUCCCCUGGUCUCUCCCCUGAUCUGCUGAGCUUAUCAUCGCCAGCUCCCCAUAUCAACUUUGUACAUGGAUCUUCCAUUGGCUGGUCGCAGCUGCCAAUGGAACAGGGUGUUAUUGGAGAUGUCGGACAAGGCAUACUCCAGGGCGCAGAUCUGAUCUCUGAGGUUGAAUCAUCGUCGUCCAGAUUGAGUACUGUCCAUAAACCUCACAACAGACACAGUCUCCCUGCAAGAGAGCGCCGCAAGCUUGAUAGGCCAGAAGAAUGCCCUCUCUGUGGCAAAGGGCAUGCGUACAGGGCAGGAUUAAACAGGCACAUUUGUUCCAAACACCCCGAUGAGGCUGCUCGUUUCAAUCUGUCCACGGAAAGGCAGGUCUGCAAGUGGUGUCGCAGCUCCUUUGCGAGGAAGGAUCAUCUCCUCCGGCACCUCACCAGAAAGCACCAACGGGCGAAACAGCAACACAGGCGAAAACGCGGGGACAUACCUGAGAUGUGCGUUACACGUUGAGCGUUUUGUUUUCCUUCUCUCAGACAAAUUGUCGCUUAACGGAUGGUUUUUAUGAGUGAUAUACAAGGGGCGAGUGUCCAGUAUGGAAUAUGG